AGAAUUUCUCUUUGCCUUUGGAAGGCGGCUGGAGCACGUUGCCUGCCGCUCCUUGCUUCUGCACAAUGAACUCAAUCUAUUCAUGUUUCUUUGGUACCAACUGUGGCAACCCUCCUUGAAACAUACGCACAGCACACAACCCGUGACUCCGCCGCUUAGAAGUACGCCAAUAUGCCCGGAAACCUCGACCUCGUCGCCCUCGGCAACCCGCUGCUGGACAUGCAGAUCCGCAACGGUGAGUCGGUCCUCGAAAAGUACAACCUCAAAGCAAACGAUGCCAUCCUGGCCGAGGAGUCGCACAUGCCCAUCUACUCGCACAUCGUCGAAAACUUUGACGUCGUCUAUGUUGCGGGAGGUGCGGCGCAAAAUGCAGCUCGCUGUGCGCAGUACAUCCUCCCCGGCAACUCUACCGUUUACCUCGGAUGCGUCGGCAAGGACGACCUCGCCGAGCAGCUGCGAAAGGCAAACGAGAAGGAGGGCCUCAAGAGUUGCUACCAGGUUGUCGAGUCCGAACCGACAGGUAGCUGCGCUGUCGUCAUCACUGGGCACAACCGUUCCCUCGUCACUCGUCUCGGUGCAGCGGAGAAAUUCUCACCCUCGCACCUUGCCACUGCGGAAGUACAGAAGCUGGUUGAGGGCGCCAAGAUGUUCUACCUCGGCGGCUUCUUCCUCACGCACGGUAUCGAGAGCGCGCUCAUCAUUGCCAAGGCGGCUUCGAAGCAGGGUGUUCCCUUCACGAUGAACCUUUCUGCGCCGUUCAUCCCGCAGUUUUUCAAGGACCAGGUCGACCAGGUACUACCAUACGCAUCUGUAGUCGUUGGCAACGAGAGCGAGUUUGAAGCGUACGCAGCGUCGCACUCGCUCGCGGACCCGAAGGACCUGAAGGCGAUCGCCCAGCACAUCGCCGACCUGCCGGCAACCUUUGGCAGCCUCCAGCAGAAGCGUUACGUCGUCUGCACGAACGGCGCCCAGCCCACCAUUCUCGCUGUGCAGGGCGAGAGUAGCCAAAAGGAGAUCCCAACCGCCCAGGUGCCCGACAGCGAGAUUGUUGACACGAACGGCGCUGGUGACGCUUUCGCGGGCGGUGUCCUCGGCGCCCUGCUGCUCGGCAAGACCAUCGAGCAGGCUGUCGAGGUCGGUCAGAAGCUCGGCCGCAUGUGCAUCGGUCAGGUCGGUCCGAUGCUCAAGUUCCCCAAGGAGCAGAUCGUCUAAACAUACGAUGCACCAUGUUCCUUUAAUCAUCAUCAUCAUCACCAUCAUCCUUUCCCCUCCGGCAUUCCAUCUUGUAAAAGGGUUCAACCUCCAUACCCAUCAUUCGGUCCGUUCCUUCUCUCACUCAAACAUUAGCAGCCAGUAACACUUGUCGUAGCAUACACCUUACGCAGAUCACUAGUAUUUAGACCAGGGCCGCGCCAGGAGAAGGAGAUGGGCGCAAAGCUAAGGCAUACACUUUCAACAAGCAUGCAUCCAAGUUUUUGUUUCUAACUUGACGGGUCAAGCUUGAGCGAGAAAUCAACGUGCUUGGUCGAU